UUGUUCAAACAACACUCUCAUAAGAACUAGGAAAAGUAGUGUAGCGUUUGUUUUAAAUCUUCGCCAACUAGUCAUCUGUGAAUGCAAUGAAUAGCCUACCUGAUGACAAAUUGCUGCUAGCCCAACAAACUUCAUUUUUAUGGUCUAAGCAGUAAGAAGAAUCGGGUGUCUAUUAAGUUGAGCAAGUCAAGCAAGUCAAACAAGCAAAAGAGUUUGCCAGUCAGACCACUACACCUUUGCCAGCAACACCACCCAGCAAGCUUCAUCAACUCCAGCCAUGCCGCGACCAUGUGAUGUCACUGAAUGCUCAGAUCCAGCUGUGAAGUUCUGUCUGACCUGUAGUGAUUACUACUGCACAACUCAUGUGAAGGACCACUACACAUCUUCAGACCUGCAGAGACACCAGCUACGGGACCUCCAACAUCAGGACCGCUGUGAGCAGCACGACAAAAAGCUGAAAUACUACUGCUUAACCGACCAGUCGGCCGUCUGCUCACGCUGCUUACUCCACAAUCAUAAAGGACAUGAUGUCAUUGAGCAGAAUAUGAGUACACACACCAUAUUAGCCAAAAAAAAAGGUGUUCCUCCACCUGGGCCAAUUGAGUUUUUGUCAGUGAGCCCAAACACAGUGGCCUUAAGAUGGCCACCACCAGAGGGCGCUUCUGGUCCCUACAAGUAUAGUGUGAUCUGGCGACGAGGCCAAGAGCAGCAAAUCAUGACGGUAAAUGGCCCAGAAGUGGAGGUGAGGGGGCUUCUUCCUGGAGAGAAGUAUCACUUUGCUGUGGCCACCCUCAGUGAAGACGGCCAUCAGAGUUCCUGGACAGAGAACUCUACAUUCACAGACGUUCCAGCACCAGAGAAUCUGACUGUAGAAUCACACACCUCCCAUGUGUCUUUGAAGUGGACCAAACCAGAUGGAGCAGACCAGGUUUCCUACCUUCUGGAACUUUUGAGCAAGGACAAACCACCAAGGAGCAUUCAUACAGAUGUGCCCAAUCAUUCCAUCUCUGACUUACAACAUGGCAUUGAAUACACCAUCCAAGUAUCUACGCUGAAAAAUGGUCGUCAUAGCAAAAGCACUUCAAAACAUUUUAGAACUCGUAUUCCAGUCCCAGAGCAGCUGUCUGUGAGCUCCAUCACCUCUUCAUCUGCUAGUCUUAGCUGGCGUGUGUCUAGUGAGAUGAAGCAGACUCCACACAGCUUCCUGGUCUCUUACCACUGUGAAGGGACUGAGCCAAUGAACAUCUCUACUGAGUCAUGCAGCACAGACAUCACAGGCCUGAAACCAGGAGCUGAGUACACUGUUAGUGUCUACACUGCACUACAAUCUGGAGGAAAGAGUCAGCCUGCUUCUGAUCAAAUCAAAACAGGAGUCUCCCUCUCUGAUGUGCUGUCUGCAUUACACCUGGAUGACUACAAAGGAGGGAAGCUCACACUCAGCUCAGUCCUGGAGAUCAGUAGUCACACAGUGUCUGAUGAACCAGCUGAACGUCUGGAGCACCUACCACUCAACUUCUUAAAGAGACUCAUUAUGUCCAAUGUUAAUUCUAGAAACUGGAAAUAUGAACAAAAGCAGAAAGACAAACCUACUGAAAUUGGUAAAAAACAAUUUAAAACUUCUGAUGCCAUGAAUCCCCUAGAUCUGAUUACUGCUCUUUUCCAUUGUGCAGAUCCUUUCCUCCAGCAGGAAAUGGUCUCCAAAAUGUCCAUGUGCCAGUUUGCUGUUCCACUGCUUCUGCCAAACUGUGACACACAGCAGUGCACUCUGAUGCUGUGGGCCAUGAGGGAACUGGUUAAAAAGUACAGGCCUCAAUCUCUAGCAGGUGGUAGUGCUUUUAUAGAGGACAGGGUUGUAGAAAUGAACAUUCCCAUGGUGUCCUUUGUCAGACUAGGAAAGAGUAGUUUGCCCAAAUCUCAGAUUCUGAAUAAGUUACUUAGUAGUCCUCAUCAGCACAAUGAUGCGUUUGUUGACCAUGACAUGGAAUAUGGAAAUGUGCCCAGGAAAAUCUCAGAUGGUCUUGUUGAAGUCAGCUGGUAUCUGCCCCGUGGGAAGGGACACAAUGACGUGUUCACAGAGCCAUUGGCUAUAGCCAAUCUGAGAGGAGACGGCAGGUCAUUUAAGACCCAGAUGUCCUUCCUGUGUCAGACCUCAGCUGCAGUUUUCAUCUUCAGUGAUGAACUAGAAGGAGACUUCAACACUGUGGCCAACACUGAAUGCAAAGCAGAGCUGUUUCUGGUGACUAACUCUCAGAGUAAGACCUUCAAAAUGGACACAUUCAGAGACACGUGCAGAAGACUCAAAGUAAAGGACAGAAAUGUGCUCAUCAAGGAAAAUCAUAACAGUGCUGAAUUUGUGCAGACUUUGCGCAGUCAUGUGAGUAACGUCAUUGAAAAGAAUCCAGUCAAGACAACAGUGGAAAACAUGGCUGAUGUUGCUCACCAAUUUGGAAUUUCUGUUGAUGAGGACUGUGAAGAGUGCCAAAAUAGUAGGAAAAAUGCCGAAGGAAUCACUAGCAAUAUCAUAUCAUUCAAGGAUAUCAUGGCAUUCAAGGAGAACCAACUGCCUUUACAUGGAAAGGCUUGGAGGAAAAUCAGUGAAUUGGAGAAAGAGAGAUGUAGAUUGAGAAAAGCAGACAGAGAGAAGAGCAUAGAACACUAUAGAAGUUCACUGAAUAUGACAGUAAGGACACUGAGAGAGGAACAACACAGGAUGGAUAUGUCAGACACAAUGAAGAAAUUCAUUGCUGGAAUCUCACAGUUAAGAACAGAACGUCUCUACUUCAUGAAGUGGCUGAAGAUUCAGCUGGACACCCUCUGUAGAUGCAAACUAUCUGAACUCAGAGAGAAAUACAAAAAGUGCUGUAAAAACACACCAGUUAACAAAGACGAGAUUUUAAAAUUAGAUGAUUGCAUUUCAAAGUCUUCUUUGGGUCCAGAGCACUUCUUCCGUGAGCUGGGCCAGAUUUAUGAGUCUGCUAGCUCCCUUCCAGAAGACCACCCUGCCAGGCAAAAAGUUCAGCACCUACCUACUCGGUGCGCUCAGUUGCUGCUGGAUGGGUUUCCAGUUGAGCUGGUUGAUGGAGACACAUCAAACAUCCCAAUGAAGUGGAUAUCAGAGGUCCUGACUCAGCUACAUCAGCUGGUGAACUCCAAGAGCAGGAUCCUGGUGUUGACUGUGCUGGGAGUGCAGGGCACUGGGAAGUCCACCCUUCUAAACACCAUGUUUGGAGUGCAGUUUGCAGUCAGCAAUGGAAGAUGCACCAGAGGAGCCUUCAUGCAGCUGAUUAAAGUCUCUGAGGAACUCAGAUCUGAGCUCAAAUGUGACCUCAUCAUGGUCAUCGAUACAGAGGGCUUAAAAUCACCCGAGUUAGCAGCAAUAGACACAAGCUAUGAACACGACAACGAACUAGCUACACUGGUCAUAGGCCUUAGUGACAUCACCAUUGUCAAUGUUGCCAUGGAGAACAACACAGAGAUGAAGGACAUACUGCAGAUUGUUAUCCAUGCCUUCCUCAGGAUGACUGAGGUUGGGAAGAGACCCAGAUGUGUAUUUGUGCAUCAGAACGUGUCAGACAUGUCUGCUCAUGACAGCAACUUGAGAGACAAGAAUAAGAUGGUGGAGCAGCUGGAUGAGAUGACCCAAGUAGCAGCUAAAAUGGAGAAAAAGGAAGCCAACACCAAGUUCACUGAUGUGAUGGUAUGUGACCCUGAUAAAGACAGCUACUACAUCCCUGGACUUUGGCAUGGAACUCCUCCUAUGGCGCCAGUGAAUGCCGACUACAGCGAAGCUGUGUAUGAACUGAGGAAGUGUUUGAUUGGCUACCUGAUAUCUGAUGACAUCAAGAGCAGUGAUGCAAUAGAGUUCUUGAAGUGGACAAAGAGUUUAUGGAAUAGUGUGAAAUUCGAAAAUUUUAUCUUCAAUUUCAGGAACAGCUUGGUGGCUGAUGCAUAUGCAAAUUUAGGCACUGAGUACAACAAAUGGGAGUGGUCUUUUCAGAAGGAGAUAAACAAUUGGCUUACAUCUAAGGAGACAAUGCUAUCCAGUGACCAACUGAAAGGUUUACGAGACGUGCUCAAACAUACAAUACAUGAAGCAUCAGAAAUGUUGCAUACAGAAGAGAAGAAAAUCUUGUCAAAUCUUGACAAAUACUUUGAGAAUAAAGACAGCAACGCCUAUUUAGUUGAGAAAUAUAGACAGGAAUUCCUAAUAAGUGCCAAGUCUCUCAAACAAGAGACAGAGAGCUCUAUAAAACUUUCUUUGGAGAGGGUUGUUGAAAUCAAAGAGGGGAUGGAGAAGGUGAACAAGAUCAAGGAAAAGCAAAUAGACACAAUUGAGACAAAGGUUCAUGAGUUGCUUAAACAGUGUAAUGAGAGAAAGACAGUUCUAUCUGAAAAUGAACUCAAAGGGGAGUUUGAGAAAAUGUGGGAAGGGAUCAUGUCUGAGCUGACUGCCUCCCUCCCAGAAAGAGAUGCUUAUCCAGAUGUACUCCGUCUAUUCAUAUCAAAUGUAAAAGCAAAGGCUGGAUUUGGCUCAGAAAUGCUCAGUUCAUUCAACCUAAUGUCAUCUGGAGAGGAGAAAUUCAUUGUUACAUCUGAUUACAUUUCUGACCUGACUUCAUCUGCAAAAGCAGUUUGGUGUGCCAUUAAGCACAUGGAUGUAUAUCACUUCACUGACAAAGUUCAAGAGAUCUGUGACCGCAUCAUUGAGCACUGUGAUGGUCUUGUUGCAAAACGUGUAGUUGCCAUGAAGAAAAACAACACUGAUUACCAUGAUACAUACAUCAAAGAGGUCCUUGAGGCUAUUGAUGACCAAGUGAAAAACACUCAUAUUACAGAUAAAUGUGCAGCUAAACUGAAGUUUCACAUCUGUGGCAAGACAGCAAAGCGUUUUCAGGAAAUACACAAAGAAUUCAAUAUCCGAAAUGACCCACAGGCACAUUUGAUGAAGUCAAAACAAAUAUUUCUGAACAAAUUCUUAGAAUUCUUCAGUGAACAAGAUCAGUGCCAGAGGAAAGCUACUGAAUUCACAAAGACGUGUGUAGCCCCACAAGUUAAGGACUACGUGUCUAAACACCUUGGGCAGGCGAUCGCAGAUGAAAUGAAAACAGGAGAAGGAGGAGAGGUCUACAGCUCACAUUCUGAUUUCCAGUUUGCCCUUUUAAAACAACUGCUUGAGAGGGACUCAUUUAAGGAGUACAGGGAUUAUGCAAAGUCAAAUGAAACAUUUGUUAAAGACUGGAUAAAGAAACAAAUCAAAGAGAAAAUGUCAGAAAGUGGACGAAUGGCAAAACUGCAGAAGAACUUGCUCAGUAAGAUUAUUCAUAAAAUAAUUAAUGCAAUCACAAGUAGUUCAAAGAAUGGAGCCCUCCAUGUGUUCAUUGAAGAAUUCUGCUUUCAUAUUGGAAAUGAUCUGGCCUUCCCACAAGAUGUUUUGCGCACAUUUUUGAGCCUCAAUAAGGCCAAGACAGACCCAUUUGCCAUGUUUCUCUCAAAGUACAUCAAGACAUUAGGGGAGUCUUUAUCUCAGGGUUAUGAUGCCAAUGUUCGCAUUGGUAUCGUUAGACUACUUACAGACCUCCCCUCCAGUCCCCAUGAGCUGCUCUUCAGUAGUCUCUAUGCAUGUAGGCAUCAGUGUCCUUUCUGUGGGAUGCCCUGUGAAGCAGCAGGUAAGGGCCAUGGCACACAUUUCUCCAGCAUGCACCGCUCCGGAGCUUUCACAGGCUCUAGAUGUGACAACUCUAGGAAGCUGGAAAUAGAUAUAUGCACCACUCUUGUUGUGGAUCCUGAUAAGACCCGUGUUUUUAUUGUAAGGUUGUUUUGUGGAUUUUGGAGAAAGUUAGGGCUUUUUUUCAAGGACAGGAGCUUUGUUGAUAAGACACAUAAAACAUGUCCUUAUAAAGAGUACAGGACAAUAUACCCUGAUUGGGAGAUAAAAGGAGAUCCCAAAAGUGAAACCUCCAACUACUGGAAAUAUGUGCUAAAGAAGUUCAACAAGGAGUUUACAGAAGCUUAUGAUGCACAGCCUGCAGACAUUCCAGAAGAGUGGGAAAGACUGACGGCAGAUGAUGCACUUAUGGGCCUAAAAAUGUCCUAUAAUAAGAUGUGAUGCAAACCAUAUGGAGAGCCUAUGACAGACUAUUACAAGCUAAACUCCAAGGACAAUGAGAGAUAUCAUCUCUAAUAUGGAGCUAUACAGCUGAAGUCUAACCAGAAACGGGUUAUAACAGUAAAUAUUUGAACAUCACAUGAAGAGAUUUCUUUCUUUAGGUUUUUAGUGUAGUCCUUUAACUGGAAGUAUUAGCCUAAUCUUAACUCUGCAACUCAUGAACACAUUUAUUUCCUUCUCCGCAGUGUAAUCUGGAGUAGAUAUAAUUGCUUUUGAUGGUCAACUAUACAGUAGGCUAUAGGGUACAUAAUAGCUCUGUCAACUACCCUAAUUUCCCAACUAUUAGCCACAGUUUAUACAUUGAUUUUGCUAAAUUUCUUCAGCUAUGAGGUUAAUACACAGGGGCAGUUAAUAUGGUUUCAUUUAUUUUAACUUGCAUAAAACACUGUACUGCGGCUUAUACAUUUCUGCAGCCCAAAUGAUUUAUUUUAUUAAUUGUAUACUCGAUAUGAGAUUCAUUAUUCCUUUGAAGGCUACGUUGUUCAGAAUUCUUAAAGUAGAGUUAGUUUUUGAAAAAAGAGAAAAAAACUGUGUUCUAUCUAUUCUGCAGCCCUUUGAGUGAAGUGAUUUAUUUUAUUCAUUUUGUAUUUAUUCCGUUGGUGAUGGUGUUUUUCAAAAAAAAUAUUUUCAAAACUAUUUUUAUUUGCUCUUCAGAGAUUGUAUUGGAGUCUAUCUCUAUUCACACAAAUCACACGUUAGGCCCAUAUACAGUACACAACAUACAUUUACACCCACAUACCAUACAUCUACCCCUGUACAUACUGUACCCCCUCUCUCUCUCUCUCUCUCUCACACACACACACACACACACACACACACACACACACACACACACACACACCCACACAUGGUGGUGAUGUUAUUACAGGAUUGCAAUCUGAACUUCAUUCAUUGCUUUGCAUUUAGACCAUUGUAUUUUAAGUAAACUGUAAAAAUGUCUUUAAUUUUAUAAUUUAUAAUUUAUAAUUUACUCUGACUUUGCAAAUCAGUUGUGUUGGCAUACAGGGUCAAAGUGAUACAUUAUUAUUUUUCCUAUUGGUCCAUAAAAGCUCAUGUUAGGAGUGGGGGACUUAGUUGUGUAGAAUAAACAGUAAUAAAGAUCACAAACUCCAAUGAACAGCAUCACUCCAGACUUACAGAAGCUAAUUGAGGGCUAGUAUGCAUGCAUUAGUGGUGCAGUACUGUUUAAACUGUAUUCCAGUAACACAGAGCUGAGUGAUCUUCACUACCUUACCUGGCUGUCAGUGAUUUUAUGAUUUAAUAACAUUUUUGAUUACUGCAUGUACUCAAUAAAUUACACAAUAAA